AUGGCCAGAUAUACACCAACAGAAUAUCACAUUGUUAUUGAUAAUUCAAAUGUGUUUCUUGGUGCUCAAUUAAUACGUAAUGAAAAAACUGGAGUAACUGAAAUGAAUCCAGCUACUCGUGUAAAUGUUGGAUAUCUUACAAAAAAAAUUGAAGGGGGGCAACAAGUUCUUGUUUUGGUUACUGGCGAUGGAAAUACGAACUAUAAUCGAGGCGGUUUUUUAAAUGUCGUAGAGAUAGCAUUGAAAGAUAAAUGGAAUGUAGAACUUUGGUCAUGGGAACUUUCAUUGAGUCAAAGAUUUUUCGAAAUUAAGAAGUUGUUUCCAACUCAAUUGACAAUUAAAUAUUUAGAUCCUCAUAGAACAAACAUUACAUUUGAAGAAAGAGUCAGACAAAACUGA